GAGCCACCGCGCCCCGCCAAGGCUCAUCUUUAAGCCCUUAAAGCACUUUAAACACAUUAUGUCGUGGUAUUAUCACCCUCAUUCAACAGAUGAGGAAAGCUAGUUUCAAGGAAGUUAACUGAGGAUCAGAGAUGUUAAAUGGUUUGCCUGAAGUUAGAGAACUAACAAGUGACAAAGCUAGUUCUGCUGCGUUUUUCUAACAAGCCAUUCAGCUGCCCAGGAAGAUGUCGAAAUUUGCAGCAAAGGAAAGUAGGCAGCCAGGGCCAGAGCUGGGGCGUUCCCCGCCUGGCUCGCUUCCAGCCGUGGUGCCUCCAGCCCUGCCCUCUAGGUUUCAGCCCUUCCAUUGGUCGUCCGUCACAGUGCGCCACGCUCACACGAGGGCCAGGAGCCAAUCAGCGCGGCUCGUCUCCGCCCAGCCAGGCCACGCCAGGAUGGCGUUGUCUGUCCCUCCCGCAGCACGCUGGGAGUUGUAGUCUAAUCAUGUAUUUCUGCCAAUAGUAUGGCGAUAGCGAGAACUACUCGACCCAUAGAGCCGAGCGCGGAGUGGAUUCAGCUUUUAGGAGUACCCGCCAACUAGCGGGACCGAGCAGGAACCCGCAUCCAGGAACAGGGAGUGCUUGGCCCCCCUUCCCUAUGCCACUCCCAUGAUGCCCUUGUCCCGCUGGUUGAGAUCUGUGGGGGUCUUCCUGCUGCCAGCCCCCUACUGGGCUCCCCAGGAGAGGUGGCUAGGUUCCCUACGGCGGCCCUCCCUGGUGCUCGGGUACCCAGUCCCGGCCUGGCACAGUGCCCGCUGCUGGUGCCAAGCAUGGACAGAGGAGCCUCGAGCCCUUUGCUCCUCCCUCAGAAUGAAUGGAGACCAGAAAUCAGAUGUUUAUGCCCAAGAAAAGCAGGAUUUUGUUCAGCACUUCUCCCAGAUCGUUAGGGUGCUGACUGAGGAUGAGAUGGGGCACCCAGAGACAGGAGAUGCUAUUGCCCGGCUCAAGGAGGUCCUGGAGUACAACGCCAUUGGAGGCAAGUAUCACCGGGGUGUGACGGUGCUAGUAGCAUUCCGGGAGCUGGUGGAGCCAAGGAAACAGGAUGCUGAUAGUCUCCAGCGGGCCCUGACUGUGGGCUGGUGUGUGGAACUGCUGCAAGCUUUCUUCCUGGUGACAGAUGACAUCAUGGAUUCAUCCCUCACCCGCCGGGGACAGCUCUGCUGGUAUCAGAAGCCAGGCGUGGGUUUGGAUGCCAUCAAUGAUGCUAUCCUUCUGGAAGCAUGUAUCUACCGCCUGCUGAAGCUCUACUGCCGGGAGCAGCCCUAUUACCUGAACCUGAUCGAGCUCUUCCUGCAGAGUUCCUAUCAGACUGAGAUUGGGCAGACCCUGGACCUCAUCACAGCCCCCCAGGGCAAUGUGGAUCUCGGCAGAUUUACUGAAAAGAGGUACAAAUCUAUUGUCAAAUACAAGACGGCUUUCUACUCCUUCUACCUUCCUGUAGCUGCAGCCAUGUACAUGGCAGGAAUUGAUGGCGAGAAGGAGCAUGCCAAUGCCAAGAAGAUCCUGUUGGAGAUGGGAGAGUUCUUUCAGAUUCAGGAUGAUUACCUUGACCUCUUUGGGGACCCCAGUGUGACUGGCAAAGUUGGCACCGACAUCCAGGACAACAAAUGCAGCUGGCUGGUGGUCCAGUGUCUGCAACGGUCCACUCCGGAACAGCGCCAGAUCCUGAAGGAAAAUUACGGGCAGAAGGACGCUGAGAAGGUGGCCCGAGUGAAGGCAUUAUAUGAGGAGCUGGAUCUGCCGGCCGUGUUCCUGCAGUAUGAGGAAGACAGUUACAACCACAUUAUGGGUCUCAUUGAACAGUACGCAGCGCCCCUUCCCCCAGCGGUGUUUCUGGGGCUUGCGCGCAAAAUCUACAAGCGGAAAAAGUGACCUAGAGACUGCAAGGGCGGAGAGGAGGCUCUCAAUAAAUAAAUUGUAUAAUCUU